GCAUACAGAACCAUGAUGCAAAGUUACGGAUUUGCCCUGCCCAUCAGUCUUGUAAUACCUGGGAGCAUCGCCGCGAUAACGGCAAUUUCUGCUAUGCGCGCCAAGUAUACGUGUGCCCUUCAUCGCUUAUUCCCCGAUUACUUGUUCUUCGAUGUGCCACACGAUAUUGGCGACGUGGCUGCUUUUUUGAACCACUGGUACCCCUGGAUCUGGCUGCUCAGCUUGUCGUCUCAGGCCUGGAUAACGAUGCACAUUUGGCUACCACACAUAGAAAAACUCGCACCCACAGGACACAUAUUUCUAGUACCAACUUACGAUUCGCUCGUAAUCGACCAAUCGAUCGUACUCAACCGACGAAUCGACGACAUUUCUGAUGACAUCCCAAAUAUCGAACGAUUGGACGGAAGCGAUACUACUUACUCGAAUCUUUCAAUCAAGAGUGGUUUGUCCGAGAUCGAGGAAAAUGACAGAGUGACGAGAAUCCUGGUGUGUGCAACGAUGUGGCACGAAACCGAGGAUGAAAUGAUGGAGUUCGUCGGUAGCAUAUUGCGACUGGAUACGGAUCAAGCUACCAAGCGUUUCACUCAGGGCUACUACAAUCUUCGAAUGCAGGAUUAUUACGAGCUGGAGACUCACGUGUUCUUCGAUGACGCGUUUCGUUGCAUGCACGGUUGCGAGGGUAGAUGCGAUCACGACGAAAACGAGACUCAAGUGAACGAUUACGCGAUGAGCCUCAUCAAAACGAUGGAAAAAUCGAUCGAGAAGUUUCCAGUCGUUUCGAAGCCACCCAAAAAGUACCCGUGUCCUUACGGCGGUCGCCUCGAGUGGAACUUACCCGGGAAAACACGGAUGAUAGUUCACCUGAAGGACAAAAACAAAAUUAGACACAGAAAGCGUUGGAGUCAGGUCAUGUACAUGUAUUACCUGCUGGGACAUUUAUUCAUGGACACGCCUAUUAGUCGGGGCAGGAAAAAAGUAAUAGCCGAAAAUACGUUCCUGUUGACUCUCGAUGGCGACAUCGAUUUUCAGCCAUCAGCCGUUAAGGUCCUCGUCGACCUUAUGAAGAGGGACAAAGACGUGGGUGCGGCUUGCGGACGAAUUCAUCCGGUCGGCACUGGUCCGAUGGUUUGGUUCCAAAAAUUCGAGUACGCCAUCAGUCACUGGCUACUCAAAUCUACGGAGCACGCGAUUGGCAGCGUUCUUUGCAGUCCAGGAGCUUUCUCACUCUUCAGAGCAAAAGCUCUAAUGGAGCACAACGUCAUGAGGAAAUAUGCUACACAGUCUACUGCACCAAUGCACUACGUGCAAUACGAUCAAGGCGAAGAUAGGUGGCUCUGUACUUUGCUUUUACAAGCUGGCUAUCGCAUCGAGUACUCAGCAGUGAGCGACUCUUACACCCACGCACCGGAGACUUUCAACGAGUUUUACAAUCAGCGAAGACGCUGGAUACCAUCUACGAUGGCUAACAUUUACGACUUAUUAAGCACUUCCCAAGAAACGAGAAAAAUCAACGACGACAUUUCCUGGCUUUAUAUCGUAUACCAGUGGAUCUUGAUGGGUAGCACCAUACUUGGACCCGGCACGAUUUUUCUCAUGUUGGUCGGAGCUUUCGUAGCUGCCUUUCGGAUCGAUAAUGGCAGCAGCUUCGGUUACAAUUUGAUUCCGAUCGUCAUUUUCGUUAUUGUGUGCACCUUUUGUACGGCUCGGAUUCAGUUGAUAGUCGCUGGCAUGAUCACUGCGCUUUACGGCCUGGUGAUGAUCGUUGUUCUUGUCGGUAUUAUGCUGCAAAUAGCCGAAGAUGGCUGGGCAGCUCCGAGCACUAUACUGUUCUUCGUCGUCGCUGGUCAGCUGGUCGUUGCAGGGCUGAUUCAUCCACAGGAAUGGUCCUGUCUUCUUUGCGGUCUCAUCUAUUACAUCACUGUUCCUUCCAUGUACAUGGUGCUCAUAAUCUUUGCCCUCUUCAAUGUCAAUAACGUCACAUGGGGAACUAGGGAUUCAAAAACUGUUGUCCCGCAAGAAAACGAGAAAAACGACGUGCCCGAACGCGGCCAGAGUGUGAAAUCUCGAAUCGGCAGUAAAUUCCGUACCGAUUCUAACCAAAAUCGAGGUUCCAUUGAAUUUUCACUUGCUGGAUUAUUCAGAUGCAUAUUGUGCACGCAUAACGGCGUAUCGGAGGAAGAUAGAAAACUUGAAGUGAUAAAAUAUUCGUUGGAUCAGAUUACUUCGCGGUUGGACGCAAUGGAAAGAAAUACGCACGACAACGAGACUCAAAAAAAUCGUCAAGGUGAACCCUACCUGGGGUCAAUCGAAUCGAGCGCUUCGCAGCCAAUCGCUAGAAGUAAUUCGGCCAAUUAUGCAGCCGAGUAUAAUGCUGCGGUGGAGAAGGAGGGGGACGACGACGACGAAGAUAUUUCAGAGACUGCGACUGACAUUUAUGGAGAGGGCUCGAGUCGUGGCGGCGCUGAUUUUCUCGUCUCGCCAUGUUGGAUUCAAGAUGAGAAUUUGCGAAAGGGUGGCGUCGAGUUUUUGUCCAGCGAGGAGGAAAUUUUCUGGGAAGGCUUGAUCGAGAAAUAUUUACAUCCCAUCGAGGAGGAUAAAAAAAUAAUUGAACAAACGGCAGAGGGUCUUAAGAAUUUGCGGGAUGGCAACGUUUUCAAAUUUUUUAUGAUAAACGCCCUUUUCGUACUCAUCAUAUUUCUGAUGCAACUGAAAAAGGAUGUUUUACACUUGGAAUGGCCUCUUGGCAAAACGUACAACAUUUCCUACUCUCAAUAUACAAACGAGGUGUUCAUUUACAAAAACUACUUGGAACUCGAGCCAAUCGGCUGCCUUUUCAUAUUAGGUUUCGUGAUGAUUCUCACGGUGCAAUUUAUUGCCAUGCUGGUUCAUCGGUUCCAAACUUUUUCCCACAUACUGGCAAACACGAGUAUCGAAUGGCCGUGCUGCAAAAAACCUUUCGAUCCCACGGACGAAGAGGAUUUGGAAAAACACGCGGAUGAUAUCGCUGAUGGAUUGCAAAAAAUAGUCGAAAAUACUGGAGGAUCGGUUCUCGCGAAAAGGAAUAGUACGGUGGCACCAAGCAAACGUCCGACUGUUCAAGAGUUGCUCGAUUCUUCGGAGAGAAAGGUCAAAUUAUCAACGAGUCUCGACACAUUGUUCCGAAGGAAUUUGAAUGAUUCCAAUUCAGAAAUGUCUCGAUUCAUGUCGACACGAAUGCAGCCGGACAUUGUCGAGGCGCUCGAACGUCGUCAUUCUUCCAUGGUUUCCCACCAAAAACACUCGCGCGUCCAUAAUAAUCAUAAUGAAAAUGACACCAACAAUAUUUCUGCCAAGAAAUCGCACAACAAUUCGAUUACUCGUACGAACGGUUGCAGCUACGACAACAAAGCUUUCGUUUCUGAAUCUGACAAUUAAGACGAAAAUAAUAUCAGCAGCGAGAUCGAUUUCCCACACAGGCCGAGCCAGGUCACCUUCCAAUAAAGCAAAUGCGCCAACCAAAGCGAGUUAUUACUCGAAACCGCCAUAUUGUCUGUUGCUGUCUGUUCAUUUGUGCUUAAAAACUCUUCACGGAUUUAUCUCGCUUAAGUUAAUGACUAGAAACUCGAUUCUCUUCACCCGUAUCCUCUCAUAUGUGUGUUUUUUUAUAUUUUUGUUGCAUUUUCACCUCGAAGUGACGUUUUCCAACGUUUGUGAGCGUUUUCAAUGAGAAUGAGAACCGAAAGUAUUAUCAAUCGAACUCAAUAACCGCGACGAUGAACAAGUUCACUGUAAGAUCAAAAUACCAAAACAUGGUACUCGCAUACUAAAUAUAUGUACCCCGAAUUUUCGUUUGA